CGUCGUCCCGUUUCGCCGAGAGAAGGACGCCCACGGGGUGCGGCGGGGAUGGGACGGGACGAGACGGGACGGGACGGGACGGGGCAGGGCAGGAUAGGAUAGGAUAGGAUAGGAUGCGGUUAAGGAGGUCUCGGCCGGCUCGGCACUGGUGCCCUGUGGCUGCCGGCGCCCCGCAAGGACCCGGCGAGAUGACGGCAUCGCUACGCCACGGCAGGCCGCGGCCGCUAAACGCUGGCCUAGGCCUGCGGAGGCGUGUCGCCGCGGGGGGCUGGCGGCGCUGUGCGAAGGCAGGCCGGGCUGUCAGCUCCUGGGUGGUUGCUGUCGUCCCGCAGGCCCGCCACCCGCCCUUCAGAAUGUCGUACAUGUUGCCGCACUUGCACAACGGCUGGCAGGUGGACCAGGCCAUCCUCUCGGAAGAGGACCGAGUCGUGGUCAUCCGCUUUGGGCACGACUGGGACCCGACCUGCAUGAAAAUGGAUGAAGUCUUAUACAGCAUUGCUGAGAAGGUAAAAAACUUUGCUGUUAUUUAUCUUGUGGAUAUCACUGAAGUACCAGACUUCAACAAGAUGUAUGAGUUGUACGAUCCCUGUACUGUCAUGUUUUUCUUCAGGAACAAACACAUCAUGAUUGAUUUAGGUACAGGUAAUAACAACAAGAUCAACUGGGCAAUGGAAGAUAAGCAAGAGAUGAUUGAUAUUAUAGAAACUGUUUAUAGAGGAGCCCGCAAAGGUCGAGGUUUGGUGGUAUCGCCAAAAGAUUAUUCCACUAAAUACAGAUACUGACAUUUCUUUGGGGCUGCCUUUUUUUUUAACCCUACAUCCACUUAAAUUUAUUCUUGUGUAUGUGUGUACAUAUAUAUAUUAAAAAAACUACAAAUCCUCCAACUUUGAGCAUAUUUUGAAUUAUUUAAAAGGUUUGGAGUCUGUCUGGAAAAGUAGAAGACACAAAGCCUGGAACUGUCUUGACUGCAGUAAUACUGUAGCUGAACUUCAGGUUGUAUUUUUAUUUUUAAAGACUUUGUGUUGUCCUUUUGGUAUUAUGUAUUUUUGUACACAAAAAGCCUGUUUGCAGAAAAACAUUUCAACUGCUUUUGUUUGCUUUUGUUACACAAAUAUCAGGGAAACUAUGCUAUAGCUUUUUUUAAAAGAAUAAAGUGAGUUCCACU